CCAACAUUGCGACUUCUUCUACUAGUACUAAAAUAGCAAGUAAUAUGCAUUUGUGGUAAGAUGUUUGGUGUUAACCUUUCCAACCAGACUAUAAAUGACCUCAACACUAUAGUGGAGUUUCAUCAUCAUUCUAAACGAAAAACUUGAAGUGAAAGCAUCAAGAUGGGAGGACACAAUCUAGUCUUGAUUAUCUUUUCGGUAUUUUUGUUAUCAUCCUCAGCAUAUGCAAGUAGAGUCGCACAGUUUUUAGCUCCUGGUGACUUUGAUGUGACAAGUCCGAAAUAUGGUGGGAAGCCUAAUACUGAUAUUAGUCAGCCUUUGGCAAAUGCUUGGAAAGAUGCUUGUGCAGCAACAACGCCAAGUAGAGUUAUUGUUCCAAAAGGGACAUUUCAACUAAAAGGAGCAGUUUUCAAAGGUCCUUGUAAGGCUCCUAUUACGGUUCAGGUUGAUGGCAUACUGCAGGCGCCACCAAUUGAAGCCCAAUUAGCAAAUAAAGAAUUUUGGGUCCAGUUUUUAGAGGUUGAGAGGCUCACUGUAUCAGGUACUGGAACAUUUGAUGGUCAAGGACAAAAUUCUUGGAAAGACAACGACUGCAAUAAAAAUCCAAACUGUGGAGGUCUAGCCAUUAAUGUGAGAUUCGACAAAGUGAAAAAUUCAUUAGUAAGGGAUGUGACAUCACUUAACAGCAAAAAUUUCCACUUCAAUAUUUUAGGGUGUGAACAUCUUACAUUCCAACAUGUCACCAUCAAAGCACCGGGAGAUAGCCCUAACACAGAUGGAAUACAUAUGGGGCGCUCAACCGGGAUUAACAUUACGGACAUGAACAUCGGAACCGGAGACGAUUGCAUAUCAGUUGGUGAUGGUACCAGACAACUAACUGUAAGUAAGGUAAGUUGUGGACCAGGUCAUGGAAUAAGUAUCGGAAGUCUCGGAAGGUACGACAAUGAAGAUGACGUCAGUGGACUCAAUAUUAGAGAUUGUACCCUUAGUAAUACACUGAAUGGUGUUAGAAUCAAGACAUUUCCUGCUUCUCCUAAAGCUACCACCGCCUCGGAUAUUCACUUCGAGAAAAUCACAAUGAAUAAUGUUGCUAACCCAGUCCUCAUUGACCAAGAAUACUGCCCAUGGGGUCAGUGUAAUAAACAGAUUCCAUCAAAAGUCAAGAUCAGCAAUGUGAGCUUCAAGAACAUUAUAGGGACAACUUCAACUGCGGAGGCUUUGAAGAUUGUAUGCGCUAAAGGCUUGCAUUGUGAUCAAGUGGUACUGAGUGACAUAGAUCUCAAGUUAAGUGGCAAAGGAACUCUUACAUCUCAUUGUGCAAACGUGCAACCCACGAUUGCUCGAGUGCCACCGCCUCUUGCUUGUGCUACCAAGGCUUGAUCAUAUUGAUUAGCAGCUAGAAAUAAUAUGGAUCUAAAAGACUUUAGGUGUCACGUCAAAAAGAAAAAAGAAAAAAAGAGACUUUAGGUGAGAUCAAUGCAGUGUGAUCAUGCACUACUUACGGUAGUGUAAAUAAAUUGUUUGUUUUCAAAUUUUGUCCCUCAUUUUGUGUCGAGGAGGACAUUUAUAAAUAGCAACUUUCGGUUUUUUUCCUUA